AUGAGCCGCGGGGAGAUGCCCGCCGCCCGCCUCUCCGGCUUGGGCAUCGUGUCCUGCCGCGGCGGCGGCGGCGGCCUGAGGGAGAGCCGCCGGGGCAAGCAGGGGGCCCGGAUGAGCCUACUGGGGAAGCCGCUCUCCUACACCAGUAGCCAGAGCUGCCGGCGCAACGUCAAGUACCGGCGGGUGCAGAACUAUCUGUACAACGUGCUGGAGAGACCCCGCGGCUGGGCGUUCAUCUACCACGCGUUCGUUUUUCUCCUUGUCUUUGGUUGCUUGAUUUUGUCAGUGUUUUCCACCAUCCCUGAGCACACAAAAUUGGCCUCGAGUUGCCUCUUGAUUCUGGAGUUCGUGAUGAUUGUCGUCUUUGGUUUGGAGUUCAUCAUUCGAAUCUGGUCUGCAGGUUGCUGUUGUCGGUAUAGAGGAUGGCAAGGAAGACUGAGAUUUGCCCGAAAGCCCUUCUGUGUUAUAGAUACCAUUGUUCUUAUCGCUUCAAUAGCAGUUGUUUCUGCAAAAACUCAGGGUAAUAUUUUUGCCACCUCCGCACUCAGAAGUCUCCGUUUCCUACAGAUCCUCCGUAUGGUACGCAUGGACCGAAGGGGUGGCACUUGGAAAUUACUAGGUUCAGUAGUUUAUGCUCACAGCAAGGAAUUAAUCACGGCUUGGUACAUAGGAUUUUUGGUUCUUAUUUUUUCAUCUUUCCUUGUCUAUCUUGUGGAAAAGGAUGCCAAUAAAGAGUUUUCUACAUAUGCAGAUGCUCUCUGGUGGGGCACAAUUACAUUGACAACGAUUGGCUAUGGAGACAAAACUCCCCUAACUUGGCUGGGAAGAUUGCUUUCUGCAGGCUUUGCACUCCUUGGCAUUUCUUUCUUUGCACUUCCUGCCGGCAUUCUUGGCUCAGGGUUUGCAUUAAAAGUACAAGAACAGCAUCGCCAGAAACACUUUGAAAAAAGAAGGAACCCAGCUGCCAACCUCAUUCAGUGCGUUUGGCGUAGUUAUGCAGCUGAUGAGAAAUCUGUUUCCAUUGCAACCUGGAAGCCACACUUGAAGGCCUUGCACACCUGCAGCCCCACCAAGAAAGAACAAGGGGAAACAUCAAGCAGUCAGAAGCUAAGUUUUAAGGAGCGAGUGCGCAUGGCUAGCCCCCGGGGCCAGAGUAUUAAGAGCAGACAAGCCUCAGUGGGUGACAGGCGGUCCCCGAGCACCGACAUCACGGCCGAGGGCAGCCCCACCAAGGUGCAGAAAAGCUGGAGCUUCAACGACCGAACCCGCUUCCGGCCCUCGCUGCGCCUCAAAAGUUCCCAGCCUAAACCGGUGAUAGACGCCGACACAGCACUUGGCACUGAUGACGUAUAUGAUGAAAAGGGAUGCCAGUGUGAUGUAUCAGUAGAAGACCUCACCCCACCGCUUAAAACUGUCAUUCGAGCUAUCAGGAUUAUGAAAUUUCAUGUUGCAAAACGGAAGUUUAAGGAAACAUUACGCCCAUAUGAUGUAAAAGAUGUCAUUGAACAGUAUUCUGCUGGUCAUCUAGACAUGUUGUGUAGAAUUAAAAGUCUCCAAACACGUGUUGACCAAAUUCUUGGAAAAGGGCAAAUCACAUCGGACAAAAAGAGCCGAGAGAAAAUAACGGCAGAACAUGAGACCACUGAUGACCUCAGUAUGCUUGGCCGGGUGGUCAAGGUUGAAAAACAGGUGCAGUCCAUCGAGUCCAAGCUGGACUGCCUACUGGAUAUAUAUCAACAAGUCCUCCGGAAGGGCUCUGCCUCAGCCCUCACUCUGGCCUCAUUCCAGAUCCCACCUUUUGAAUGUGAACAGACAUCUGACUAUCAAAGCCCCGUGGAUAGCAAAGACCUGUCCAGUUCUGCACAGAAUAGCGGCUGCUUAUCCAGAUCAGCUAGUGCCAAUAUCUCUCGAGGCCUGCAGUUCAUUCUGACGCCAAAUGAAUUCAGCGCUCAGACUUUCUAUGCGCUCAGCCCUUCUAUGCACAGUCAAGCAACACAGGUGCCAAUGAGUCAAAGUGAUGGCUCUGCAGUGGCAGCCACCAACAGCAUUGCAAACCAAAUAAAUGUGGCACCCAAGCCAGCAGCCCCAACAACUUUACAGAUCCCGCCUCCUCUCCCAGCCAUCAAGCAUCUACCCAGGCCAGAAACCCUGCACCCGAACCCCGCAGGCUUACAGGAAAGCAUUUCUGAUGUCACCACCUGCCUUGUUGCCUCCAAGGAAAAUGUUCAGGUUGCACAGUCAAAUCUGACCAAGGACCGUUCUCUAAGGAAAAGCUUUGACAUGGGAGGAGAAACUCUGUUAUCUGUCCACCCCGUGGUACCCAAGGACUUGGGCAAAUCCCUGUCAGUGCAAAACCUGAUCAGGUCAACAGAAGAACUGAAUAUACAGCUUUCUGGAAGUGAGUCAAGUGGCUCCAGAGGCAGCCAAGAUUUUUACCCCAAAUGGAGGGAAUCCAAAUUGUUUAUAACUGAUGAAGAGGUGGGUCCCGAAGAGACUGAGACAGACACGUUUGACGCCGGGCCGCAGCCUGCCAGAGAAACUGCUUUUGCGUCAGACUCUCUAAGGACUGGAAGGUCACGAUCAUCUCAGAGCAUUUGUAAGGCAGGAGAAAGUACAGAAGCCCUCAGCUUGCCUCAUGUCAAACUGAAAUAAGCUCUUCGUUUUCCUUCUAGCAUAGCAGUUCCUUUAGCCAGACAUAUCAUUGCAUGAACUAUUUUGAAAGCCCUUCUAAAAAGUUGAAAUUGCAAGAAUCAGGAAGAACAUGAAAGAAAGCUCAUAAGCCUGUUAUCUUUUAAUUGCAUGAAAAUGCAUGUUAGGGAUGGCUGAAAUUCCAAGGUACAUAAACAUUAACCCACUCAUUUAGUAAUGUACCUUGAGUUUAAAAUCCUGAGAAACCAAACACUGCUAACGCUUUGGGGUGUGUGAAAAUGUCAAGAUUAGGUCAUUUAGAAGAUUUGACUCUGUGUUUUGAAAUUACAGGAUAAACAACUUCAAAUUUCAGGCGUGAUUAAAUACAAAAUACGUUUUCAAAAUUAGGCCAUAUUGUAUAUGUAAACACAAUGGCUACCAUCAACCGCUGCUAACAAGGUAUCAAGUAAAGCAGAACUUGGGAAUAAUAGAAACGGCUGCUUAUUUCAAGAUACAUUUGCCAACCCAUUCCUAUUCAGUCAUUUUAUUAUUAAUGUAAUUUGAAUGUCAAUCUGUGUGCUUUUGGUGAUUUAACGCUGUGGCAAGCAAUUUUGCACAUCAUUUUCAUGUUGUUCUUUAGGAUGAGAAUGUUCUUCAGUUAGAAAGUGUGCAAAUGACGAAAUUCAGAGCCAGUGGGGCAAAGAGACUAUUUGAUACAUGUGAGUUCAUGGGACAUAUUCCCUGAUGGCUAAAUCAACUUUAUAAGUGGUCAACUUCUACACAAGCGAAUACAAUACGGAUGAGUCGAAGGAGCAGCGCGGCUGGGCUGAUCUUUCUGCAACCGCUCCCCCCGGGCUUGCUGGUAGUGUCCGAAAUCAUCAUUCCCCCUAAAUUGACAGACAGGCAGAAUCCUGGGGAUUUUGACAUUUUAGUGAGUCUGAAAUGGGAAAGGCUUGAAAAGAAUCCAGACACAACACCAGGAAGUAGGUGAAGUUAAUGAAAAUAGCCUCGCCUUCAGAGGGCAAAGAGAGGGAGAAAAACAAACCAAAAUAGAAGAACUUGAUCUUUUUAGAAAAUGAAUAUUACUAGGGAAUUCAACUACCUAAACAUCCCUUCGUCUUAUAUAUAAACAGAGAAUUUUGCAAGGUAUUUAUUUUUUAAGAUGCCCUAAAUGUUUUUUGCUAUUACGUAGUGCACUUUGCAUAUGGAAGGCUGUAACGAAACUUCCUUUACUUUUUAUACUGGAGCGAACAUUUUCUAUUCUCCCCCAAGAACGUUGCCCCAAAUCUAGAAUUACUGGUUCCGUUUCCUGGUAUACACAUCUACAGUUAGAAGCCAGGUACCCCUGGCCAGGUCUGCAAAUCAGAACACUUCAUCAUAUAGCCACGACAGCAAGGACCCAAGGGAAACAAAGGGCAAGAUGCAUUUGCCAGAAAGCAAGCCAUGCUGACUGCUUGCUGGAAAGCUCUCUAGCUGUCUCAGAACUUCAGCCAAGGUCAUGGCAUUCAAAAAAAACAAGGAGAAGCCAGAGAGCACUUCAGUUCAGUUAAACUCCAGCCACAGAAGGACUUAUGAAAGGAAGUGUUUUUUCCUUGGCAAAUAGUGCUCCUCCAAAAACAAACCUCCAGCCACCAGGAAGACAAAGCAGGGAGAGCAACUGGCCGUCCAAAGGCAGGAGGAGGCCCUGAAACCCACCAGUCCUUCCCAGCUGCCUCCUCCAGCUGGCUUUCUCCAUCCCUGACUCUCCUACUUUUCCUCUCCAAUAACUUAUCAAUUCCCUGCCACUCUUUUGCUCCUGAACUUCCCCAGGCCUUACCCAGUCUCCAUCCCCAAGUAUACGGAUUCCUCACUCUUUCUCAGAUCGGCUUCUCAACCUUUUAAAACCCUUGUCCCUUUUGAUAAGCACUGAAAUUUUGAAAGCUUCCUCUUCUCAACCCACCUGGAUUCUGGCGUAACCCCCUGGGGUGUAUCCUUCAGAAUCUUCUUGGCCUGCUGAAGACACUCAGAAGUUAGGGUCUAGAUUUCACACUCCGGUUAAAAAAGAUUUUCUCAAGCUUUUAAAGCAAUUAUUUUCAUUUUUGAAGCACAAAAUUUUAGCAAAUUAUUAAAUGCAGUUUUUCACCUACUAUGUCUCUACUCAGCCUGAAGUUGUGAUACACUCUCCCCCGGAGGUUGUACACACACACACACACACACACACACACACACACACACCAUUCCACUGACCUAAAGCCAGACUCCUGCCAUGCACUCUGCAGGCUCUCUCCAAAUAUCAGUCCAGGAGGAGGAGGGAGGCAGCAGUUUUCAGGUAGCACUGAUUCCUGGACAUACUCUGUCCUGGGUCGAACCCCACUGGCAGCAGGAAUUCUGAAUGUAUUGGGGACCCCUCCUUAGGCCUCUGUAGGCCUCAAACACAGUACAAUUCAUCCAGCAUUGCUGAAGACUGAAGAUUCAGAAACAAACCCUAACUGCAUCACUGAGGUCUUAAUCGUAGCAAAAUGUGAUAAACCACGAUGUGAAAAACUUUUAUACAUUGAAGCCAUGACCAUUUUGUGUCUAUCUUAUUCUAGCACAAAAACUCUUGGAUGUUAAAAGAUAGCUGUUUUGUAUGCAAACUGUAGGGUUUUGUCUGCUGUGUUACUCUCGACAGAGUUGAGAGGGGCCCCCAUUCACACUUAGCGCAGUCCCAUUGGUCCACGCCAAAUGGUGUCUUGAAGCACAAUUUAGCUGAGCACGGAGCAGCCGGCCGCCUGCUCAGGAGUUUGUCUGCCUUCUUCAACAUGUAGGGCUGGUCAAGCUGACACGUCCUAGCAAACAUCCCUUCUAUGAGGUUGACUAAGAAUAUUGCUGUGUCUGGUCUAAAUGUUUGCAUUUUGUUCAACUAAAUUAAUAUCUGUAGGUUGCAAGUUUCGUUUUAAGUGAGACGCUUUAUUGAGUUUGUAAGUCUUUAUCUCCUGUUCAAAGGUGCCUUUCUCACCUCCCAUUGACUCAGUGAUUCUGAAAGUUGAUAUCUGCAGGUGAAACAAGUCUAAUAGAGAGGAGGAAAUCAGGCACAAAGUGACUAAUUCUCAUGCCCAUUGGCAAAGCAAAACUACAAGAAAGGAUGAAAUCUGACCAACUAAAUUAACGGAUCACUUCAUUCAACCAGACUGAGAAAAUGUCAUAAACAUUAACGUAUCUCCCCAGAAGCUGAUAUAUUUUGCCUUAAAUGACAUGGUUGUGUUUUUGUAAGAGAAACUUAAUAUAAUUAUGUGCAUUUUAAGUGAGCAAUUCUAAAAGUCAAGUAUGACAAUACAGUUGUCUGUUCCUGAAAACAAGUAAGUCAGGAAUAUCAUGCCCAUCUCAAGCUAUCAUUGAAAUGUAAUUUCCUUUGCUCUCUUUUACUGGGAUCAUUUGUUUUAAAGUAAAACAUUAAAAAUAUGUCUACAAACAGUUA